AGGCGCAUUGGUUGUGUGUUGACUUAAGAGUUAAUGAAUGGAUGAUUGAGGGCUGCAGGGGUUGGGGAAGGCAGCACCGUGGAAACAACCCCUCUUUCCCAGGAAGGGAGCAUAUAAGUUUAGUUCGAGACAAAGAAUGGGGUAGAAAUGAGUGUCUUGCACCGGGAAUAAAAUUCAGAUUGUGUGCGCAAAGAGCCAAGAGGGGCUUUGGAGCGAACUACUUGAAGCAGAGGCAUUCGAGGCACUAAUAAAGCAAAUAACAUGUACUUGACAAGGACCCAAAGGGAAAGAAAGAGGGAGAGAAGCAGCUGUUGGAGGAGGAGAGUGAGACAAAGAAGGAGCAGGGGGCUGUCCUUACUUGCUCUACACUGUGAGGACUGUUUGUAGGAUAAGGCAGAGGGAGAGCAGGAGCCAAGGGGGGAGCAAGAAAGGAAAAGAGCAGUGAGCAGUAUGGUUGGCAUGUGAGAGGAUAAAUACAUCUGAAAAUUGCAUUUCGCAUAACUGUAAGCAUCCUCGCUCGCCUCUCCUGUGCUGCACACCUUGGGCUGAGGGACAAUGCUGAAGGGGUGGACUCUUCCCUGGCUCUGUGCUCUCCUUCUGGGGAUGCUGGGGCUCCUGGCGUCCAGCUCGGACUUCAAGCAUCACCGAUACGAGGACAUGGUGCGAGCCCUGUUUGCGGUGCAGAUGGAAUGCCCGUACGUCUCACGCAUCUACAGCAUCGGGCGCAGCGUGGAGGGGCGCCACCUCUACGUGCUGGAGUUCAGCGGCAACCCGGGCAUCCACGAAGCCUUGGAGCCAGAGUUCAAGUAUGUGGGCAACAUGCAUGGCAACGAGGUGCUUGGACGAGAGCUCCUCAUUAAGUUAUCCCAGUUUCUAUGUGAAGAGUAUCGGGCUGGAAACCAGCGAAUCAUGAGGCUUAUCCAUGACACACGCAUCCACAUCCUGCCCUCCAUGAACCCUGAUGGCUACGAAGUGGCAGCCAGACAGGGUCCAGAGUUAAAUGGCUAUCUAGUGGGUCGAGGGAACGCCAGAGAAAUUGACCUGAACCGAAAUUUUCCCGACCUGAAUGCCCUCAUGUACUACUAUGAGAAAACCAAAGGACGAAACCAUCAUCUGCCUUUGCCAGACAACUGGGAGAAGCAGGUUGAACCAGAGACUGCAGCAGUCAUAAAAUGGAUGCAAAACUAUAAUUUUGUCCUGUCAGCUAAUCUUCACGGUGGAGCCGUGGUGGCCAAUUAUCCCUUUGAUAAAUCAAGAGACCCUCGCAUUCGAGGCAGGACCACUUAUGCAGCCACUCCAGAUGACAAAAUCUUCAGAAAGUUGGCAAGGACCUACUCAUACGCUCACAGUUGGAUGCACAAAGGCUGGAACUGUGGAGACUUCUUUGAUGAAGGGAUCACCAAUGGGGCCAGCUGGUACUCUCUGUCCAAAGGCAUGCAGGACUUCAACUACCUGUACAGCAACUGCUUCGAGAUCACACUGGAGUUGAGCUGUGAUAAAUUCCCUCCAGAAUCAGAGCUGCCCAGAGAAUGGCUGGGAAACCGAGAAGCCCUGAUUUCAUACCUGGAACAGGUACAUCAUGGAAUAAAAGGCAUGGUGUAUGAUGAGAACAACAACCCCAUCAGCAACGCAGAGAUCUCAGUGUCGGGCAUCAAUCAUGAUGUUACCACUGGUGUGGAUGGCGAUUAUUUCAGACUUCUACUGCCCGGGACCUACACGGUGACGGCCUCUGCACAUGGUUACCUUCCAUCAACCAGAUCUGUCACAGUGGGACCAGCUGAGGCCAUACAGCUCCAUUUCUACUUAAAAACAGCUCCAAAACAAAGUCUGAAAGGGAAGCCACACAACAGCAAGAAGAACCUCUCUUCCCACAAGGCCCCUUUGAAGCUCGGCCCGAGAUGAGACACGGACAGUCAUUCAGUUGUCUCCCAAAUAUAAACUCACACAGACAAAAGGUCUCACAUUAAACAUUCACAUAUAUGAAUUAUGUAAAUGAUAAAGGUCCACCAUAUAUCUUUGUAGUUUAGGGAAAUGUGUGUCAAACCUUUGUUUGUUUGUUGUUGUUGAGAUAAACCGUCUCUGUUAAAGAAUCUGUGCAAGCUGGUGUAUUUAAGUAACAGUGUUGAUAUGUAUGAACACAACAACUUUUUUUGGUUUUGAUUACAAUAAUUUGAUAACAGUUGUAAAAUAAAAUAAUGACUGUUUUUAAUGCUGUUGUUUUAUAUCUCUGUGGACUGGAGCUUGACCAACUGGGUUAGAUGAUAAAGAAAUAAAAAGGGAAUAUUCUGAGAAUAUGUCCUAAGGUAAGCGGACCAGGUGAAUCAACAGCAAACUGAAAACUGGGUAUGUUACAGUAAUAAAACCAGAGUGCACGUGAGCCCAAACUGUUCAAAAACAAAACAGGAUGCAACAUGAUCAAAGAACAGCACACAACAGAUGACAAAAUGGAAAAGUGGAGCAGAGAAAAAUGUACCCAACCAGACCACAAAUGUUGUUUUAAAAGCUUUACAGUCAUGCAACCUUGAGAUGCUCUAAAAUUUGUUUUUGGGAAAAUCACACAACAACUCGCAUCAGACUUAAAAGGUACAAAAAUACUAAUGAGGCCCCAGAUAAGAAAGUUGAGCAUUUUUCGCCUGUCUGUAAAUGACCAGCAUGGAAAAGUACACUAAUAUGUGCAAACCUUUCAGGCUACAAGCAGAUGUCACUGUUGCUUAAGCAAAAGGGUAUUUAGUCCCUCUUUUGUGUAAAACAUGACAUCUAAUCCCCAAUCAACAACUCAUGCUGCACAAAUGCUUGGCUUGAGGAGAGAAACCAGUCACAGACCUAUGUCCUUUUUAUAGUUUGAGGAUUUUAAAAACAUUUUUAUUGUUGAGCUUAAAAACAAGGUGUUUGAUGACUCCAUAUCUGGUUCUACCAUGUUGUGGUAGGCACUUGGUACUUUAAUAUGAUGUAUUGGAUAAAAUAUACUUUACUUAGUGUUUGACACUUAAUUCAGUUAUGUUCUACAAAUUUACUCUAAAAAAUGUAAACUUCACCAGAUGUGGAGAAACAAGACCACUGACUGUACAGCUUUUUUUCCUGUGUCAAUGAUUUACGUAGAACUAACACAAGUCACAAAACUGGGCCUCAGCUUCCUGAAGGUGACAGUAAAAGAUGUUGUUCGUGGUGACAUCAUUAUGAUAACAACAACCUACCAGCAAUUAUAUUUUC